AUGCCUGGGCCGUCUAGAACCCAGCGGGCGGAAGCAAAGUACAACGUUACCACUGAUUUCCCGCAUCUCGGGCUGCAUUCGGCGGCAGCGAAUGGCAAUAUCGGCCUCGUCAAGUACGCUUUGUCCCAUGGACAGCCAGUCAACUCGGUGCUUGACGGAGUCCUUCCACUGCACGCGGCGUGCUCGUUUGGCGACGAGAUAGUAGUGAAGUAUUUGAUAGAUAACGGGGCGGACGUGAAUGCACCUCGACUACCGCGCCGGUACUCGAACGAGAAAAACCGUGCCAACUCGCAGUUGAUCAUCGGCACGUCCGGGUCCACUCCCCUGCACUUCGCCUCCGCGAACGGCCACACGAACAUCGUCAUCACCCUCCUCCAGCAUGGCGCGCAUCCCGAUCGGCCAGAUAAACACGGCAUCACGCCCGAGAUGCUUGCGCGCGACAACGGGUACACUGAGACAGCAGAUUUACUAAGAAACUGGAAGAUCAAUAAGGACCGCGACCUCUGGGAGCGGCAG